AUGGACGAAAUAAAUAGACGUCGUGUUGCAGAAGCAACGGAGUGUAUUCGAAAAGCCGAAGCAUACCUAAAAACAUCGAUCAUAAAAAUGAAAUUCAAGCCUGAUUAUGAUAGCGCAGCAAUUGAGUAUGAUCGGGCAGCCGUUUGCUUCAAAAAUGCUUUACAAAUGGAACAAUCACGUGAUGCUUAUCUAAAAGCAGCUCAAAUGCAUAAAGAAAAUGGCAAUUUAUUUCAUUGGGCCAAAUGCAAUGAAAAUGCAGCGACGAUAUGCAAGGAAAUGGGUGAUAGCUGUGGUACACUAAAGUACAUGGAUUUAGCUGCAGAUGGAUAUGCUGAAUCAGGAAGUAGCGAUUCGUCAGCUAUGGCGCUUGAUAAAGCUGCAAAGUGUUUAGAAGAUAUUGAUCUUGAAAAAGCUAUUGAGGUUUAUCACAAAGCACUAACAAUGGUGCGAGAAACAGAUCGUAUGGCUGGUGGAUUUAUGACUCGACUUACUAAAUUGUAUUUAAAACUGAAACGGUACAAAGAAGCAGCUGAUAUGAUUAAUGAAGAAAUCGAGAAAUAUAUAGAAGUUAAGGAAACUGGUCGGGUAGGACAGCUUACUAUCGCUCUUGUUCUUGUCCAGCUAGCACGUGAUGAUGUAGUGUCAGCGACAGAAAGUAUUCAAAAGUCAUUGAAAUGUGAAGAAUUUGAAAUUUCGGAAGAUGCGAAGGUUUGUUGUGCGUUGAUCUCAGCUUUUGAAUCAGGUGAUAAUAUUCGCUUUCAACAGGUCCUUCAACGUCCAAUUCUGAGGAAUAUGGAUAAUGAGUAUCUGCGUUUAAUGAAAGAAUUAAAAGUCAAUUCUGGAAUAAUUGGCACAAACAGCGAUAACGGUGUUAAAGAAGGAGAGGAUGAUGGAAGUGAUGAAGAUUUGAAAUAG